AUUUCGAGCAAAUAUUUUACUCUUUUAUUUCGAAGAGAGAGAGAGAAGAAGACGGAAGCUAGAAGAAAUCGUUUUUGAUCGGAGGUACUUUUUUCCGACGAAUAUACUCUCUCUAGGGUUUUCUUUUUUCUCUCUCUCCCUCUCCGUUUCUUCUUCUUAGCUCUUCAAUCUCAGCUCGAAUUUCUGGGCUACUGAAGUUUAAUCUAGGUGUGCGCUUCGUUGAAGAAAUUUUGAAAUUUGCAGAGAAAUUUGCGGAGAAAGCGGAAAGAUUAGAUUUAUCCAUCGUUUAUCCCAGUAAAAAGCUUUGAUUUUUCCACAUGUCUUUUUUCCCCCCUUUUUUCGUAUUAAAAGCCCUAGAUAUAUAUAUCAAAAUUGAAAAUUAUCUGAAAUCGAUUUCGUGGGUUUCAGUUCCGGUUCGGUUCUCUUUCUUAAAAUAUUGAUUUCUGUCACUUUCCGCGAUGAAAAGUUUUCGAAUUUUGCUUCUUUUGGCUCCAAAGUUUUUAUCUUUCAAAUAUUUUAAAUCUGGGUACUUUUUUGUUUUGGUUCCUUCUUUGUGAAUUGUAUCUAGGGCUUUGCUCCUUUUCUAAUCCAAGAUCUGUUUUCGUUCUCAGAUAGUGUAUGAGCUAGUUGUUUGUAAUUUGACGGCUCUCGGGAACUGAUCUAUCUCCGGUGUCUCUGCUUUGUCGGUAGCUACAGGAGUGAAGAGAGUUUCUACAAGGGUUUUAAUGGAAGAUGAUGACUCUCCUUCUUCUCGGGAUUUGGAUGCACAGAACCCUUAUGAUCGAUUGCUUGCUCUAGAUACAAGUACCGUAGAUCCAAAUUGUAACUUGGAUUCGGUUUCUGCCAUUUAUCUAGCGAUGAAGAGCUCUAAGCUGGAAUGUGUUGACGAGCGUGGUCAAGAUUCCCUUAUUACUUCGGUAUGCAUGGAGGAUGAAGAGGAUGAGGAGCUCGAUGAGUUUGAUCCUUAUCUGUUUAUCAAGAACUUGCCGAACCUGUCUUCUGUUGUCCCAACUUUCAGGCCGGUCUUGCUUCCUAAACAAACCCGAAGCUGUCCUCCUAUUUCUCUUGUCCUAGACCUUGAUGAAACUCUUGUGCACUCGACUCUAGAGCCGUGUGGUGAGGUAGAUUUCACAUUCCCAGUGAAUUUUAAUGAAGAAGAGCAUAUGGUGUAUGUGCGAUGCCGUCCUCACCUCAAAGAGUUUAUGGAGAGAGUGUCCCGACUUUUUGAGAUCAUUAUAUUUACAGCUAGCCAAAGUAUUUAUGCUGAGCAACUUCUGAACGUGCUUGACCCUAAGAGAAAGCUCUUUCGCCAUAGAGUGUACCGUGACUCGUGUGUUUUCUUUGAUGGUAACUACCUCAAGGAUUUGUCAGUCCUCGGGCGUGAUUUAUCUCGUGUUAUCAUUGUUGAUAACUCCCCACAGGCAUUUGGUUUCCAAGUGGAAAAUGGAGUGCCAAUAGAGAGCUGGUUUAAUGACCCAUCAGAUAAAGAACUCCUUCACUUGCUGCCAUUUCUUGAAAGCCUAAUUGGAGUUGAAGAUGUAAGGCCAAUGAUCGCCAAGAAAUUCAAUCUAAGGGAGAAGAUUGAUGCAGCUGUAGCCGCACCUGAAUAUCCUGCUGAGGCGGGAGAUCCUUUCGAAAGGUAAAGUCUAUCGCCAAAACACUUUUAAAGGAAGAAUCUGGCACAAGAGCAGAGGUUGGAGAAGAUAUAUAAGUAUAUCAAUGUUGUUUUCUUAUUAGUUUAAAUUAAGAACUUGGUAUACAGAGAAAGACAGGAUAUGCCUGUAAAAACAGUUUAAGGCACAAUAACUGUAUAAUUGUUUUCUCGUUUAUUUACUAGUACACAUAGAUUAACAUUUCAAGUUUCAAAUUGGCUUUUUUUUUUGCCUAAAUCCUUUGAAAUCAGACAAUAAAA